AUGAGCAGCCCUACCGAAGCGACGGCGGCAAAAUAUAAAAGUAGAAGUCCGGAUGGCCAAAUUUGGGCUGCGCGGAGUCAGUUUCAGUUGCAGCUUGAUCGUCGUAGCCGUGAUGUCUACCGUCUUGAUUAUGUUCGAUGCCGCCAAGGUGCACCAAGGUGUUUCCCAUGCGCAACGGCAUGCGCGCCUGGUCCGAAACGAGACGACGAAACCGUGACCGCAGAUCUUAAUCCUCACGGUUUCGUGCCUGUCGGUCGUCAUUUGCAUGUUUAUCUUCUGGCCCUACUGCCGGGGCGGGUACCGAAAGGUAGAAAAGGUGGCGGUUUAUUACACGCUGUUGACCAUAGGAGGUUUUAU